GCCGCGCCCCCCGCGGGAGAUGGAACAGCGGAACCGGCUCGGCGCCCUCGGAUACCUGCCGCCGCUGCUGCUGCUGCUGCUGCACGCCCUGCUGCUCCUCGUGGCUGACGCUACAUUUACCGAAGUCCCCAAAGAUGUGACAGUCCGGGAGGGAGAGGACAUCGAAAUGCCCUGUGCGUUCCGGGCUAGCGGAGCCACCUCGUAUUCGCUGGAGAUUCAGUGGUGGUACCUCAAGGAGCCGCCCCGGGAACUGCUGCAGGAGCUGGCGCUCAGCGUGCCCGGCGCCCGAAGCAAGGUAACAAAUAAGGAUGCAACUAAAAUCAGCACUGUGCGUGUCCAGGGCAAUGACAUCUCCCACCGGCUGCGGCUGUCCGCCGUGCGGCGGCAGGACGAGGGGGUGUACGAGUGCCGCGUGUCCGACUACAGCGACGACGACACGCAGGAGCACAAGGCCCAGGCGCUGCUGCGCGUCCUGUCGCGCUUCGCGCCGCCCAACAUGCAGGCGGCGGAGGCCGUGUCCCACAUCCAGAGCAGCGGCCCGCGGCGUCAGGGCGCUGCCGGCGCCGCCAACGCCAACCACGCGGGUGCCCCCGGCGCCGCAGGCCGCGCCCCCUCGGAGCCCGGCCGCCGCGACCAGAGCCCCCCUCCCGGGAGCCCGCCCGCAGCCCCAAGUCCCGGAGCCCCCGAGGCCGCCGCCGCCUCUGCGGCCCACACAGCCGCCACCACCGUCGCGGCUGCGGCCGCUGCUUCAUCAGCGUCGCCGCCUCCCCGCCAGGCGGUUCUGCGACAGAGACAUGGCUCCGGCACCGGUCCUACCUACACCACAGACCCUCUCCUGUCCCUGAUCCUGUUAGCUCUGCAUAAGUUCCUUCGCCUGCUGGUGGGGCACUGACAGAUGCCGUCCUGCGUCCUGCGCCCUGCGCCUCAGCGGCCCACACGGCCUGCCCAGACCGCGGGUGAGGAGCUGUCGCAGACGGACACAGAGAGACUGAGAGAAGCAUGACAAAGUCCACGUGGAAAAUAAAUAAAUCAUAUUUUUGGGGAAAUUACACAAAUGUAGAACACCUGAAAUAAUGCAUCCAGUUUCCAAAUAAGGUGGAGUUUGGCCCACACAGAGUGCACGGGAUUUAUGAUUCUCGACUUCUAUGUGCUUUUCUGUUCUAAACUUGGCCUCCGGGUCUUCAUUUUGCACGGUCUUUAGGGUACGAUGUAAAAACGUUGGGUCACAGCCUUUCUGACAAAGCAAAAUAUUUUUAGUAGAUUAUUGCGUUAGGAUUUUUCUUUUAUUUACUUUUUUCUUUGGGGGAUUACCUUUUUAAAGUAAAUUAUUUCUUUUGACACAUUUUGAUUUAAAAAAGAUACAUCUUGUCAUAAUUAAACUUCACUUGUCGAUAAUAUUUAUUUUUAAAUAAACAUUGAAAACGAGGUCCGACACUUGUUUAUAAACUGUAUUGUAUACUGCUGAAUAACAGUUGAAUAAAAAACGACUUUGAAAUAAGCUUUCUACAGCCAUGUAUGAAUGUUAAGCCUCAGGGCCUAGUGCAGCCUGGAUGUCAUGACCUCCUAGUCCUUGAUGCCAGCUGCAUGCUCGCCUGGAUGCAGCCCAGGGCUCAGGACAGCCCAGGACACCUGGCCGAGGCCACACUGAGCAGACAGGACAGGAGCGCUUGUCCAGUGUCCCCUAGGGACAGGGGACCUCAGGGAGCCAGGAGUGAGAGGGGCCCCAGCCUGGGUCCUGGAGGAAAGCAGGUGGCUGGGAAGAGGUGUGAUGUACACCAAGAGCCGGCCUCUCCGCUUUGGGUUUAAGCUAAUUAGCCAACCCAUUUGCCCGCUUGGAGAUUAUACAUCCAGAUGUAUUUACUGUUACUGGGUUCACUGCCAGUUUGGGGGGGUUUGGCGACAAGAUGGGGCCGUCCACACUCUUUCUCCAUGCAUCUAAAGAUUGCUUUGAGCCUCUGAAUACAUGUGUUUGGGACAGGUUACACACAUCUUAAAGAAAUAGACACACCUUGGGGGCUGUUAGUCUUCAUUCUGUGACAGGGUCGCAUUAAAUAGCCAGCUCUCUUGGCUUCGUUGAAAAUCCAGCCAGUUUUAAACAAGUGUGUUGUCAUUGAUGUUGCUCGCCAAAUACCUCCAUCUCCUCGGGACAGCAUGUGGUUAGGACUACGCUUCCUGGCAUCCUGGGGCAGGUGGCAGGCACCACGAAGCCAGCUCCAGCCAGUGAGCUGCGGGCGGAAGGGGCGUGCGUGACUUCCAGUCCAGGCGCUGGAGUGCUGGUGCAAGAGCCUCCCAAACACUCUUUUCCUCUGAUAAAGACAACUAGCAACGUUCUGGAUGGUAAAUACGCCGCCAGCCUGGGUCUCGCGUUUCAACGUGCGCGGAGCGUCCCCUGCUGGCCAGCACUGGAAUUGCAGCACGAUGAGGAACCAGCCUUGGCGGCUGCAGGCAGCCUAGCCUGGGGUUGCUCAUUAUUUCAGCAGAAUCCAGCCCAUCCCGACUCCUUGGCA